GUUAAAAUUCGUAAAAAAUUGCGAUUUUUGCGAUCUCUAAUUGCUUGCAGCUCAUGUCAAGAUCAACAGAUUUCGAUGAAAUUUUCGUUAUGAGCUCAGAUAAAAAAGUUGAAGAAACAUUUUUUUAAUUCUUUUGCCAUGCCAAUCGACUGCAACUUUUCUAAACAAUUUUGUAGCAAUUGUCUAGUGAACUAAUCCGUCUAACAUCUCAAAAAAAUUUAGAUCGCUUAACCCAAUUAUAAAAAAGUUAAUCCAUUUUAAAAGGUGCACGAGUACUUUGUACACCGGCUGUAUAUGUGAUUACGUACGCACAUACUUUACGAAAUGUUAAAGGACACGACAUUAGAUAUUUGAUAUUCAUUUAUUAGUCCCAUAAUCGAAAAUUUCGAUUAAAUUUAAAUAGAUUUCAAUAAAACCACGCUCAAGAUGUACUGUAAAAUUCAUAGUAUCAAUCAUCGUUUACUUACGAUCUUCUCGCCGAUAGUAAACUGAAUUGGCAACAGUCGGUUGUUUUAGCAUUGUGAAUUGUGAAGAUGCAGUGGACAAGUUGCCGAAGACUUUUUGGGAAGAUAAAGUGGUUCAAUGUGUCGAAUAAUCGUCGAUCAAUUAACGGAAGUAGCAAAUUUAUUUAUGGGCACGAUGUAGAAACGGCAAAAAGAAAUGGGCAGCCGAUCGUUGCUUUAGAAUCUACCAUCAUUACUCACGGUAUGCCAUAUCCGGAUAAUCUCAAAACAGCUAUCAAAGUUGAGAAUGCUGUUAGGUCAAAAGGUGCUAUUCCAGCUACUAUAGCAAUUUUAAAAGGACAAGUGCACAUUGGUUUGAAUCGAGAACAAUUAGAAGCUCUGGCUGAAUCAAAUACUGUAAAAUCUAUUAAAUGUUCUCGCAGGGACAUACCUCUGAUUAUGUCUCAGAAACUCAACGGGGGAACAACUGUUAGCAGUACUAUGUUGCUGGCAAAUUUAGCUGGUAUACACGUAAUGGCAACGGGAGGAAUCGGCGGUGUUCAUCGUGGUGCAGAAUCUACGUUCGAUAUCAGUACAGACUUGCUAGAGCUUGGACGCACUCCUGUGGCUGUAGUGUGCUCAGGUGUUAAAUCUAUCUUAGAUAUUGAGAAAACAUUAGAGUAUCUGGAAACGCAAGGAGUUCCGGUAAUAAAGAUUGGAGAAACGGAUCACUUUCCAGCAUUUUAUUGUAGAGAGACAUUUCAGAAUACCAUAGCACCUCAUAGAGUAUCUACUUCAAAGGAAGCUGCAGAUGUUCUAAGGGCUCACGCAGAGUUGGAUCUUCGGACAGGAAUUCUGUUCGCUGUUCCUAUCCCUGAGAAGCAUGCAUUAGACCCGAAGGAAAUGGAGUUGGCUAUAGGCAAAGCUUUGGAAGUUGCAAAAUGUAAAGGCAUUACCGGAAAGAAUGUGACUCCAUUUUUGUUAGAGGAACUAACCAAAAUUACGCAUGGUCGAUCGUUGCAAGCCAAUAUGGCACUUAUAGAAAAUAAUGCGAGUAUAGCAGGGGAAAUUGCGGUAAACUUAGUUGAGAAGCAUCAAUGUUAUUCAAGCAACACGGUGUUCGAUUGCUUACUGAAGCCAAAACAAAAUCCGGUGGUGAUCGGCGGAGCUGUGAUGGAUACUGUACUGCAGGUAAAGGAGUUGGAGAUAAAAAGCGACGGUAGAACGCAUGCCGGUGGAAGCCAUGAAAGUUGCGGCGGGGUCGGUCGAAAUAUCGCCAACGCCUUGAUCUACCUUGGUCUGGACGCCACCCGGUUAAUAUCCGUCGUUGGCAACGAUCAGCCUGGGAAAGCUAUAAUUAAAAGUCUGGGCGACGGGGGCAGAACCAUCGAGCAACUGUCGAACAUGACUACGGCUAAGUGUACCGUGAUAGUCGACGGCAAGGGCGAGUGCCACUUCGGAAUCGGUGAAAUGGACAUCUUUGCGAGCAUCACUCCCGACAUGGUGAAAAAACAUCGGGCACACGUGGAAAAUGCUAGCUACAUCAUUCUCGACGGUAAUCUACCCCUGAACACGAUUAAAUAUAUUCUGGAUCUAGCCGCCCACUCAAAAAUUCCAGUUUGGUACGAGCCUACAGACGUGAAGAAAGCAACAAAAAUAUUUGAAACAGAAUCACAGUGGCAAAAUGUUCUUCACGUCAUAUCACCAAACAGAAAUGAAUUAAAAGCAAUUGCAAAAUGCCUGGGGAUAUCAGUGCCCAAAGGAAAGUCGUCUAUGGAUUUAGAAGAAGUAAAGGCAAUAGCGGAACACGUAGCUGAAAUUGUUCCAGUAGUUAUAAGUACAUUGGGAUCGCAAGGAGUAUUGGUCGUUCGUAAAGCUUUGGGAAAUGAUCCGUUUUACGAUAAAGAAGGUAAACUGGUAGCGAAUACUGCAAUUACUUCACGUUUGUAUCCGCCAUUAUCGUAUACUGUCGAAGAUUCAAAUGAAAAAUUCAGCGUAAGCGGCUGUGGCGAUUGUCUUACGGCAGGAAUGAUUUAUGGAAUUCAUAAAAAUAUGAUCGAGACCGAUUGUCUUUCUUUUACUUUAAAGGCUGCUGCGCUUUCGUUGACAUCGUUAGACGCAGUUCCUGCUUCACUUUCAUUGCUGUCCAGUGAUGCCAAAUUAUUAAAAAAAACGUAACUAACAUAUCUUGAUAGCAUAAAGAUAUUUCUUCUCUCUUCGAACAGAGCGAACAACUUCAAUAAGAUUUUAGAAUCAAACUCGCAUCUACUGUCUAAUCUAUUCUUCUACUAAGUAUAAAUACAUUUCUGAAUGUUUGACUCUGAAUUGUCUCUUAAUUAUUUGAAUACAUUCGCAUCAGUUUUCUUUUUUCCCCCACAGAGAAAUAAAUUCUUUAACCCUGAAUUUUCGUUUGCAUCCUUCAUAAUUCAUAUAUCUUAUUUUGCCAAAUAUCUCUCUCUCUGGCCAACCAUGAUCAUGAAUGCCACAUAUGGACCAUGCACAUCCUUUAAAUACAAAUACAUAGUCAGAUUACAAUAUUAAAUUAAAGAAAUAAUACCAUAAAUAUGAUGUGACCAUAUUUACUCACCUACAUAGCCAUUAGGGUCACAACCAUCUAUACUAUAUUUAUUAUUUAAAUGAUUAGCCCAUUCUAAAGCAUCUUCUGGUGAUUUGGUCCAUUCUAAUAUUUUCUUUGCCCAAUACAUUCGCAAAAAUCCAUGCAUUUUUCCUGUCCUUACCAAUUGAUUUUGACAAGCAUUCCAUAAAUCAUCAUGAGUCUUAGAGUUUUCCAAGUCGUGUAAAGAAUAGAUAUAUUUCCUUUUAUCUUUCCUAUAUAUAAAACAUAUCAAUACUGAAAUAUAAUAACGAUUUAUAAUGAAGUAAAUAAAGAUGGCUACCGAUGUUUAUUUAA